CUGUACCCUGUUGGCCGCUGCAGUGGCUUAUCUUAUCGUUCGUCCUGCUGGGCUGUAUGGCGGAGCGAUGUCCCGCUCAGCUAGGCUGCUCGAGGCCAGCUGGAGAACGUCUUGUGAACGCCCGCGCGUACCAUAAAUUCCGCUGAAGCUUUAUCGUUGACGGUCCCCGUACUGCUCAUCACAUCUGCGCCAUCUUGUGCUCAGUCUCUGCUUGCCAGCCAUCACUAUGUCUGCCUCCACCGAAUCCUACCUCUCGCACGCUCGCUACGGCAAGGACAAGGUGCGCGUCUUCCGCAUUGUGCGCGAGGGUGCGUUUCACCAUGUCGUGGAAUACAACGUUACCGUGCUCGUGGAGGGCGACAUUGAUGUCAGUUACACGAAGGCCGACAACUCGGUCGUGGUCGCCACUGACUCUAUGAAGAACAUCACCUAUUACCUCGCAAAGACCUCCCCGCACAUUCUCGUUCCGGAGCGCUUCGCCAUUCACCUUGGAACGCAUAUCCUCUCCAAGUAUGCUCAUCUCCAUAAGGCGUUCGUCACCGUCGAGAAGCUGCGCUGGGCGCGUAUUCCGAUCACGAAGGGUGCGGAGGGACAGGAGCAGGUCAAGCUGCAUCCGCACUCCUUCUACCGCGACGGCGAGGAUAAGAGAGUGACGAGCGUGGAGCUCGAUGCGACUGGAGGCAAGGACAAGAUUAUCGCGAAGGUCACUUCUGGGAUCACCGACUUGCUAGUACUCAAGUCCACCGGUUCCGCUUUCGAGUCGUUCGUCAGAGACGAGUACACGACGCUGGCCGAAGUGAACGACCGCAUCUUUAGCACCUCGAUCGAUCUGAGCUACGUCUACAAGCCGUUCGCCGUGCCUCCGCCCACGGAUGAAAAGAAGAUUGUAGUCAAUGUCCAAGGAGAGGCCACAGGAAAGGGUACGCCGUGGGAAGCGGAGACGGUCGCGAGAAGCGCGCGGAAGAUUACGCUUGAGGUAUUCGCCGAAGAUGAGAGCGCAAGCGUCCAGGCGACUCUUUACAAGAUGGCGCAGCAGAUAAUCGCGGAGAACCCAUACGUGGAGAGCGUGACGUACACGCUGCCUAACAAACACUACAUCCCGGUGGACAUGCGGUAUAUUGGGGUGGAUAACCUGACACCGUCCAAGGCAGAGGUGUUCGUGCCCAUCGCGGCUCCAAGCGGGUUGAUCUCAGCAACCAUCUCACGUAAAUGACCGAUGAUGUCAUCGGCCCCGCAACGCCCGGCGACUCCGCAGCUACUGCCCGCACUUCUCCCCGCAGGCUCUUCCGUCGCGCCGCGGGCAUAUCCAGUAUGAGAGAGGCAUUACUAUGUAUAUCACCAUGUUUAAAUUUUCGGUAAAUGUGACUGUCACGGCAACCAUGACGCGUG